UAAUGUCAGUCGGGAGAUGACUAGAACAGCCCUUCUGGUGCACUCAUCUCUCCAGCCUGUGAUGGAUCUUUUGAAUUUGCCCUGAAAAGAAACUGGGGGCUGGGGGUGGGAGCCUGCAGGCCGCUUGCAUUGCUAAGCCUCUCUCCGCCCCCCACCCCUCCAAAAGAGGUGUUGGGCAGCUGCCCCAGAAUUUGAGAAAUGAUCUUCAGGAGGAAGUUACUGAACCUGUGAGGACCAAGUGGAGCAUUGGUGGAAAGGAGCAAGCUUCUCCAGUCUUGCAAGCAGGCAAGGCUUGGGAGCCAGCAAGCCCUAGCCAUCAAGGGGGCACAUGAUCCAAUGGAGAGUGGGGAUCAGGCCCAUCUCUCUUGGGAACGAAACUUAGAUAGGGAUGAACUCAAAUCAUGUGCUGAUGAAGAAGGAAACUUCAAACAAAAAUCAGGCCUUCAGAAAUGCCAAAGAACACACAUGGGAGUGAAACGAUAUAAAUGCUCAGUGUGUGGCAAGAGCUUCAGCCGAAGCACAAACCUUCUCGUACAUGAAAGGACCCACACAGGAGAGAAACCAUACGAGUGCUCUGACUGUGGGAGAAGCUUUACCCACAGCUCAAAUCUCAGGGCACAUGAGAAAAUUCAUGCAGGAGACAAACCCUAUAUAUGUGCAGACUGUGGGUUGACCUUCUAUCACAGCUCAAGCCUUACGGCGCAUGAGAGAAUCCACACUGGGGAAAAUGUGUACAGAUGCCCGCACUGUGAGAAAGUCUUCACCCGCAGCUCCGUCUUUCGGAAACACGUGAGAAUCCACACGGGAGAGAAACCUUUCAAAUGUUCUGACUGUGGGAAAAGCUUCUCGCAGAGGUGUAAUCUUAGUAUACAUGAGCAGACCCACACGGGAGAGAAACCCUUUAAAUGUUCUGACUGCUGGAGGAGCUUCAGUCGAAACUGUGACCUCAUGGCGCACAAGAGACUCCACACAGAGGAAGACCCAUAUAAAUGUUCUCACUGUGGGAAGAGCUUCUCUCAGAAGUCCAACCUUGUGAUACAUGAGAGAAUCCACACAGAUGAGAAUCCAUACCCAUGCUCACACUGUGGGAAACGCUUUCGGCAGAAGGGAAACCUCACGAUCCAUGUGCGAAUCCACACAGGAGAGAAACCGUACCACUGUACAGACUGUGGGAAGAGAUUCAGUCAGAAAGGUUACAGAUCUUUGAAUGAGACAGAAGAGAUGCUUACAUCACAGGAAAGUCCUCCACAUGAGAAAAAGCAAGAUGUGUCAUUAGGAUGUACCAAAACAAGAAUAUCCUUGUUUCAUCUGUCAGGAGAUGACAUUAAAAGCCAGUUUGGAAACCCAACAGGGAAGAGAUCUGAGAAAUUUGCCUCUUGCCCAGUGGUCUACGAAGAUUGCAGUGACUCAGAUAAGCACCAGAGAAUCCAUGUUAGUGAUGACGAGCAUGGCACUGAAUGUGCAAAAAGUUGUGGUCAGACCUCGAUCUUCAUUCCAUGCAAUGAAACAAACACCACUGAGAAACUCCACAGAUGUCUGGAAUGUGGGAAAAGCUUCCAUUAUAGAUCCAACCUUGUUGCACAUGAAAGGACCCACACAGGAGAGAAACCUUUUCAGUGCACCCAUUGUGGGAAACCGUUCCGUUUGAGUUCACAUCUCUACAGACACCAGAAGCUGCACACAGCGGAGCAGCCAUACCAGUGUCCGGACUGUGGGAAACUCUUCCGCCACAAAACCAGUUUUGACGCACAUCAGAGAACCCACACAGGGGAGAAACCCUUCGUGUGCUUGGAUUGUGGGAAGAGCUUCACUCAUCAAUCGAGCUUCAUUGUCCACAAAAGAACCCACACAGGGCAAAAACCAUACUGCUGUGCCAAAUGUGGAAAAAGCUUUGUCGAUCGGUCGAUCUUAGUGGCACAUGAGAGAGCACAUAGGGGAGAGAAGCCACAUAAGUGUGCUGAAUGUGGGAAGACAUUUAUUCACAGAUCCAGGCUCAUAGUCCAUGAGGAGACGCACACAGGAGAAAAACCAUAUAAAUGUUCAGACUGUGGCAAAAGCUUCAGUUUAAGCUCUGCCCUCCUCACACAUCAGCAGAUACACAAUGGGGAAAAGCCCUACCAGUGCUCAGACUGUGGGAAAAGCUUUGUGCAGAGAGGAAAUCUUGUGGCCCAUGAGAGAACCCACACAGGAGAGAGGCCAUAUAAAUGUCUGGACUGUGGGAAAUGUUUCAUUGUCAGCUCAAGUCUCAGAACGCACCGAAGGACCCACACAGGCGAGAAGCCCUAUGAAUGUUCAGACUGUGGGAAGAGCUUCAGUCAAAAUUCAGUACUCAUGAGGCACCAAAGGAUCCACACAGGCGAGAAGCCACAUGAGUGCUCAGAUUGUGGGAAACGCUUCUCUCAGCGGUCGAGCCUCAUUUCACACGCACGAACCCACACGAGAGAGAUGCUGGACUUGGUGAAGGGAAAAAAACAGUUGACCCAGAGCUUCAAAAUGAAGGAACAGGUCACAGCAGCCUCUAAACUGAGGCCGGGUGUUGGAAGAACAGCAAACGCCCCACAGGUUGUACACGUGAGGAGUAUUGGACAGUUCCAGACAGCAGCCCCGCAGCAAGUGAAAUGUGACCCAGGCGAAGGGUUGCAACAGCGUUGGGAAGCCCAGUGGCAGGAAUUUCUGAGGACACUGCAGGCCUCUGACUCUGAGCGGGGGAACACACAGAUGUGUGUGGAGCCGACUCCAUGGGAGGACACGAAGACUUUCCUGGCCUCCUUUGAGCAAGUUUUGUUGGCAUGCCGCUGGCCUCAGGACAAGUGGGUCAGCUUCCUCUUGCCAGCACUCAGCGGAGAAGCCGAGCAGGCCUUCAUCAGUCUCGGAGCCGGAGACAGAGAGGAUUAUGGGAAGGUGAAGGCAGCCAUCUUGCAAAGAGAGGCUGUUGUGAGGGAGAGGCAGCGCCAGCGCUUCAGACAGCUCUGCUACCAGGAAGCGGAGGGGCCGAGAGCAGCUUACGGGCGGCUCCAACAUCUUUGUUAUCAGUGGCUGAGAGUGGAGAGGCACUCAAAGGAGGAGAUUUUGGAGCAGCUGAUCCUGGAGCAGUUUCUGACCAUCCUGCCCCAGGAAACCCAGAGCAGGGUCCGGGAACGUGAUCCCGAGUCCUGCGCGCAGGCAGUGGCCCUGGCGGAAGAUUUCUUGUUGAAGCGGCAGCAAGAGGCCGAGAAGCGGGAGCAACAGGUGCAAGAGUUGGCUGCCGGUGAGUUCGCAGAGCUGCAGACUCCACAACACGAGGCUGAGGUUCUGGUGUCUUAUCCAGAGGCAUCUGCAGAUUCUUCCGAGGCGGGCCGAGUUCUCCUGCCGGAUGCUUGGACCCACAGGGAAGCCAAGCAGGAAUAUGACGAAGGGGUGGCCACGCCAAGCAAUGGGCAGCAGUGGGAGAAUGAGAGGGCUUCCCUGCGUUGGGAAGGCCUUGAACAAGCAGGACUAAAUAUGGAAUCUUUGAGAAGAGAUGAAAAUUACCAGAACGAUAAAAAAAGGAUGGCUAUGAGCAAGCAAGGAAGCCAUCACGAGAGGGCUGUAGAGAAAUCUGUUUCCUGUACAAAAGAGGAAAAAGAGCAAACAGUCUCCUACUCUGAGAUAAAAAAUGCUUCUUCUGACCUUAUGAAAUCCCAGAACGUUCACACUGGAGAGGAACCACACAUGUCUUAUGACCGAGACAGCUUUGAUCAGAGACAGGAGAGAACCUGCCUUGGAGAGAAUGACGUGAACAGUUCCACCCACUGCGAGAAAAGCUUUAGCUGUGACUCCAACCUUAAGGAACAUCUGAGAACCCAUGCUGGGGAGACUCCUUACCAAUGCAGUUACUGUGGCAAAAGCUUUGGCCAGGAUUCCAUCUUCUGGGAACACAUGAAGACCCACAUGGGCGAGAAACCGUACAGGUGCUCAGAUUGUGGGAGAAGCUUCAACCGGAAGUGUUACCUGGCGAUCCAUGAGAGGAUGCAUAGGGGAGAGAACCCGUACAUGUGCAUCCACUGUGGGAAAAGCUUCCCCAAGGGUUCCAAGCUGGUCAUCCAUGAGCGAAUCCACACGGGCGAGAACCCCUACGUUUGCUCAGAGUGUGGGAAGAGCUUCAAUCAGAAAGGGAACCUCAUGACCCACAUGCGGAUCCAUACGGGUGAGAAACCAUACAAAUGCACUCAUUGCGGAAAGGGAUUCAGUCAGAAGGCGGGCCUUAGUUCGCAUGAGAAAACUCACAUGGGAGUCAGGAGAACUGUUUAAUACAGGCCUGACAAUCUCAUAAGGAGUGCUGUCAUCCGUGUCUGAGCCCUAAGCAGUUUGUCUCUGUCUCUUGAAUAGGAAACCCCAUGAAGGGUCACCAUGAGUUAGCUGGGACUCUAUGAUGUUUCCCACCACCAUGUUAUCUUAAACCAAAGUUCUCCCCCCACUCCUGUUAAGGAGAUAUAUAAAAUACAGUGUCCUCAUAUUUAGAUAUAUCAAGGUAGGUAUGUGAUUGUGUGGCAAAAUACCUCUUUGGCAUACCAAAUGUAAGGUAAAUUACCUAUUUUGCAAGUUAAUCUUACAACUCUGUAGCAAACUGAGAAGCAAUAUCACAUUGCAUCAAGGGAAAUGCUGUAUUAUCUUCAUUCAUUUCUUUUAAAUAAACUGUUAUGUGUAAAA